GAACGCGAGUUGUAUUUUCUUGUGACCAUCGGCGCUCACACAGUGCACCCACCGUAAGUGAGGUGAACGACCUCUGAAGUGGGGAAAUAUAAUGCACAGCUGCAGCGUAUUGUAGUUGCUAAUUCCGUGCGACGGUGCAAACGAACUAUUCACAACGUGACCCCAUGAAAUUGCAGCAUGAAUUCUGUUGAAAGACUGCAAAUUUACGCAUCGUCUAUUCCAUGCUAAUUGGAUACCGCGCGGAUUAUGCGUCGUCGGUUUAAUCUGCAAAUUCUCCUUUUGCGACACAAUGACUGAAAACAAUGUGGCAGUCACAUGUAUUUCCGAGCUUUCCCUAUAUUUGCCGGAGAAAACACAACCAUAAUAGUAUUGUUCUGUCCAAGCAACGGAAGCUGAGAAAAAGAGAAAUAGUUGGACCUCCGAGAGAAGAUAUUGCAAAAUGAAUCCAGAUUCUGUCCUACGCAUAGGAAAAAUAUUUUAUACGCCCUAUGGUGGUGAAGGCGUGGAUUUUGUAGACCAACUUAAUUAUCAGUUCACUGGAGGUCUUCUUAUUGUGUUCAUCGCUGUGAUAAGCAUUCGGCAGUAUGUAGGGAAAUCUAUUCAAUGCUGGGUUCCGCAAGAAUUCACACAUUCUUGGGAAGAAUAUGCGGAAAACCUUUGCUGGGUCCAAAACACUUAUUUCCUUCAUCCAAGUGACCAAGUUCCGGAGGAUGAUUAUGAACUGACGAAAGUUAAACAUAUCGGCUACUACCAAUGGAUAGCUAUAGUUCUUGCUGGUCAAGUUAUGCUCAGCUGGAUUCCGUACCUUCUCUGGAGGGUAGGCUCACGUCGAUUGCCCGUUCUCAUUAGAUCCGCCAAAGAAGCAUCUGUACCAGAUAGAGAAUUGCGUCAAAAAGCAAUAUCAUGCUUAGUAGCUACCUUGGAAGAACAAGCCGAAUCCACUGCACGUUACAGGAGAAUGACUAGUAAUAUCCGGCGUCUUCUUUGUCACAUUCGACCCAAUACGCGAAUUACUUUUCUCUUCUUUAUUGUACGAUUUUGUUUUAUCGGGAAUUCAGUCGGUCAAAUUUACCUCAUGAAGCAUUUCAUCGGGACCAACAGCACCAUGUUCGGAAUCGAGGUGCUAAAUGACAUCGUGACAGGCAAGGAUUGGGAAACGUCUGGGAAAUUCCCACGAGUCACUUUCUGUACGGUUCGCGUGCGCAAAAUGGGGCAAAUUAAACCAGCUAGCUACACGAUACAAUGCGUUCUUCCAAUCAACUACUUCGUCGAGAAAGUGUACGUUUUCUUGUGGUUCUGGUUUGCGAUUUUGACGUGUGUCACUCUGCUGAGCACGGUUCACUGGGCUUUCAACACUCUGCUCCCUGUGCGUCGUGUAGCCUAUAUCAAGCAAUACAUCCGGGCGAUUCGACAACUCUCAAACACGGAAGAACGCGACUGCACCCGAUUUGUUGAUAACAACCUCGGACCAGACGGAGUGCUGAUUCUGCAAGUCGUAUCACGUGUAUCCAGCGAUUUAAUAGCUCUAGACGUAACUGCUACACUAUGGGGCAAUUACAGACAUGCUAAAAUCACGGGUACAGAGGAAGAUAUAAAUCGCUUUUUAGAGAACGUGAACCGCGGUCCGUCUGGAGCUGUAUAACCUUUCAGCAAUUGCUACGCAGAAAGUAACCGUUGGGAGACAGCUAUUUGUGUUCUGUGAUGUAAAAGUACUACGUAAUUCCUUUUUCUAUCAUUCUCAAGAACCGCUCAAAAUAACAACGAUGCCUUAUGAUAUGUCGAAUGCUUGCAUCAACAUUGUUUUUGAAUUAAGGAUCCUGCUUCAGUCCUCUACGCGUCCCUCCGGCCUUUGUAAUUUAGGCAUCUGUUUAAAGGCUAACCUUUUGCACAUCCUUUGGAGGUCAUCGUUACCACCGAUCGGAGAAGUCUAACAGGAUUGCAGAAGAAACGUGCCAGCAGCCAUCUUUGCCCAAAACUUUAUGUUUCCGUGUGCUGAAUAUCCAUUAGAGAUUGAUCAAGGAUUCACAUGCACGAAUGAUGGCCUACAUUUUAAAAACGUAACUACCCGGAAGGCUUCCUUUAAGCUACUUUUGAUACUAAUGGCCUAUGUACAAAAAUAUACCUUGUAGGUAGCUGACUACGCUGCAGUGGUGAUUUGCAGAGUUUCUACAACCGGAUUACCUGCAACAGUUAAACUUUUAUUUACUUGCCGUCUCAAAAUGCUGUACAAUCUGUACAUUCGAUUGUUAAACGGCACUUUCUGUAUACACUAUAACAAGUUACGACAAUUUCACUGCUAUUUUUGUUUAUUAUAUCAAAGCAAAUUAUGUGGGAGUGGAAGUGAAGACUAUUCCGCUACCGAUUUAGUGCCCUGAGUGGUGAAAAUACACUUACAUAACGUCCUUAUUUGUAUCGACUAUCUCUGUUUCUUCGGUAAACUCUACACCUACA